GACCAUUAAAAAAACAUGAAACGAAUUUCUCCCGCGAACUGAGAUACGAAGAUGUCUGACAAAGAAGAAUCCGAUCUAGGACCAGUUUUAAAAAGACCCAAAUCUCUACCGCAAAAUGGAAAUCAAAACACAGCUUCUGGGGAUGAGAAUUCUCUAGAGCUUGAUGAUGGCCGGAGUGAAGCCAGCACUCCAACAGUCGACAGCAACUCCCGUUCAGAUACACCCACAGGCUCAUCGACUGGCAGCUUCAAUAACAGAAAGAGCAACCGCGGACGAUGGAGAACCAAUAAAAACAAACUCCAAUACAAGUGCAGUUCCUUCUUGAAAGAAGACCAUGGCCAACCCAUAUUUGGUGUGACCUUUAACCCUUUCUAUAAAGAAGGUGAUGCGCUAGUCUUUGCUACAGCAGGCAGUAACCGUGUUUCUGUUUAUGAGUUGUUGGAUGGUGGAGGAAUGAAGUUACUACAGAGCUAUAUAGAUGCUGAUUCUGAUGAGAGUUUCUAUACAUGUGCCUGGUCCUAUGAGAAGACUGGUUUGCCAUUGCUUGCUGUAGCUGGGUCACGGGGUACCAUACGCAUCAUCAGCCCAAUCACAAUGCAGUGUAUUAAGCAUUAUAUCGCUCACGGCAACGCAGUUAAUGAAUUAAAGUUCCACCCAAGGGAUUGUAAUUUACUUCUGUCAGUCAGUAAAGAUCAUUCUGUUAGACUUUGGAACAUCCAAACAGACACUCUUGUCAUUGUAUUCGGUGGGGUCGAAGGUCAUAGAGAUGAAGUCUUAAGUGCCGAUUUUGAUAUCGAUGGAACCCGGAUUAUGUCCUGUGGAAUGGAUCAUUCAUUAAAGAUGUGGAGAUUAGAAAGACCCAUGGUACAAGAAGCUAUCAAGAAUUCAUACGAAUACAACGCCAGCAAGACGGACAGGCCAUUCAGGACUGUCCAUGUUAACACGCCAGACUUCUCAACAAGGGAUAUACAUCGGAACUACGUUGAUUGUGUGCGAUGGUUGGGAGAAUUUGUCCUGUCCAAGUCAUGUGAGAACUGCAUAGCCUGCUGGAAACCCGGUCUCAUCUCGGACCCAUUGGACACCAUAACAAAGUCAUCUCCAUCACGCGUCACCGUACUACACAAGUUUGAAUACGCCCAAUGCGACAUCUGGUUUAUGCGCUUCAGUAUGGAUUACGCACAGAAGAUCUUAGCUCUUGGUAAUCAAGUUGGUAAACUUUAUGUUUGGGAUCUGGAUGUAGAAGAGCCAAGUAAAGCCAGAUGCACAAAGCUGACUCAUCCCAAGUGUUUAUCUGCAAUCAGACAGACAAGUAUAUCUCGAGAUGGAUCCGUUAUUAUUGGUGUGAGUGAUGACAGUACAGUCUGGAGAUGGGAUCGGAUUCGAUAAAAAAACAGUUAAUCCAACCAUGGUUAUUUAGGCUGUCAUCUGGGAAUGGAGUCAGGGUUACUAGACAUGUUAAUGUUACCAGUUGAAAAGCAAACCCUAUUCUUCAACAUUUUAGCUGCAGCCACAAGCAACAGCCAAAGUCACCUAACUUUGGUAUAAAUCUUCAGACUUGGCAUCUACAGUAUACGAUUGAUUACAUCUCACCUUGGUUGCAAAUGGGCCCAAUUUCAUAAAGCUGCUAAAUGGUCAGCAAACUUUGGUGCUUAUUAAAAAGCAUGCUUAAGCAAAAGUUUAUUUCAUAUUGAUCAACAUUUGCAUUACUGCGUCUCUCAUCUGCUUACAAGAACUGCUAACAAGCUAGCGUGCCUUUUACUUUGAUUAUGGUUAGCAGUGUUUAUGAGAUAGAAAUUAUGCUAACGGCUGCUUAGUGAGCAGAAAGUGUCUGCUUACAGGCUUUGUGUUGGUGACAAACUCUUACAAAUGAUUUGCCGAUUACACUGCUCUCCAUGAUCUCUGUAAAUAUUAAUAGUAGGCUUUUUAUUAGGUGCUUUUAAACAUUGUUCCCUCUAAAAUCUUUCUUCAUUGAAUUGAAAGAUUUAAAAAUGUCUGAACCAGUGUCGUCUUGAACCAUUUUGAUUUUAUGUACUAUAACUAAUACAUUUUCUACUCUUUGUUCUCUGAAAACCCGAGUGAAAUAAAUUUCUUUUUUACAAGUUUCUAUAAAUUGGUGUUUAGUGUCAGUCUGUGCAUCUCAUAGUAAACAUUUCACAACUUUGCUGUUUUGGAUUCAUUUAUAUUUAAUUACUCUCUGUUCAGUCUCCGUACGAUAACUAGAGCAGGCAAGUUGAGUCCACUGCUAUUCAGUGAAGACAGUUCAUUGGUUCCCUAGUCACUACAGUGAAAGUAGAACUCUUGAGGUAGUAGAUAAACAUCAGGACAAGCUCUUUUUAGAAAUGAGUAGUCUUCUUGUUUUCAGAAUUUACCUUCGGCAGUAGUAACAACAGCAGGACAAGUUCUUACAUGAACAACACACAGCAAAGUAAAUACUAUCCCCAAGAAUUUCAUAAAUACAGUGUAACUUGAAGUAGCAAACAAGAUAACAAAUCCGUAAAUUUAAGAAGCAGAAAUAAAUUGUUUAUUCGUACAUUUUCUUGAACGUUUUUCACAGUAGUAAACAUGUCACCUUUGCUAGCAAUUGUUUUACAUCUUAGAAAAUAAAACAAGAAUAAAUGAAGAUACUCAAGACAUAGCCCUAGAUAUUUAGACGGCAUUCUUUCCUAAAACACUUUUCUUGAAAAAUCCAAGUUUUAAAUAUUAUUACUACAAUCUAUUUUCUCAUACAGAGUUGAAGCAAUAUUUUUGUAAACUGACAAGAACGCAGCUCUCGUACAAUUGCUUGAUGUGUCAUGGCUGAGCAGUGGUUAAAAGCAACGGACUCAAGCUCUGGUAUUUCUGAUCUGCAGAGUGCGGGUUUGAGUUCCAAUCUUGACACUUGUGUCUUUGGGCAAGAUAAUUUAUUUCGUCGGACGGGACAUUAAGCCAUAGGUCCUGUGCUCAAGAAUUAGUAGUGAAUGUAGGAGAACUCGGAACAAUUAUCGUGGAAGAAUAGGGGUUCCCUAAUAUUUCUGGUUCACAUAGCAAGCACGUUUGUUUUCUCAGGCUUACGAGCAAUAGUGAUCCAGUUCACCUAUGACACAUCCUCAAUUUCAUUGCCAGAAAUAUAUAAUAAUAAUAACAACACAUCAAAAUCGUGAAUUUUUGAUACAUAGAGAUUAAGGAAAAGGAAUAAAUGACUAAAAAUGAACAUUUUUGUACGAGUAUUUCUUGUGUGACAAAUCUUCACAGCAAGGUGUUGAUAUUGACAAACAAUGAGUGAGGUGUUCACUAGAGGUGGCGAGGUUGGGUGCCUAAAGUUUUAAUGGAUAGAAAAAAUAAACAGUAUUUCAAAUGACAUCAAAUUGAAGGUUUUGUUUUUCUA